ACUGUGUGCAAAGACGUUGAAUUGAAAUGGGCAAAGCUAAGUAUGAAUCCUUCGACUCCCCUAGACACUCAAGUUUAGAGUGUUUAUGAGCCCCCCCAAAAAAACAAAGUUUCAAGAGUUUUUAGAUUCCUAGGAAGACUCCUUUUUUGGGGUUUUUGGCCAAAAAUUUUAGGGUUCACUUACAAUAUUUUUUUCUUUGAUAUUUUCCAUUUUUCGUCGCCACAUUGUCUCUUCAUUCUAUAAAAACGUACUUCUGAUGAUGAUGGAUAGUUACUAGCUAGAUAGUUUUCUUUCCCAUUGUUUCUUGCUGCAAAAAAUUGGAAAUGACAAUCAAACAGAGGCAAUAUUGUCGUGAUGUUUCCCAACAAAAGCAGAUUGUGGUGUCUGAAUGUCGGAAAGAAAGGAUAAGUGAAGAAAUGAGCCUUAAGUUUGAAGGAAAAUUAACUGAGGGAAGCAAUAACCAGUUGUUGAUUCUUGCAAACUUUGCUGAACUAAUAUCUGAAUCUGAGUACAUCUUACCUACAGUACAUGAAAAUCCUCAAAAUGAUGAAGAUUCUAGUAUGGAGGCUCAAAAUUUGCAAGAAAACGCUGACGAUGUUAUGGCUAAGAGUAGCGAUAAGAAUUGGGGUGAAGCUGAUGAAAUGCCCCCAAUUUCUCAUGAUAGAAAUGAAAGGGAUGGAUCUCAUGGUGAAGGGACAGUGCUGCGGUUAAGUCAUAUUAGACGUCAAGCCCGUCUUAAAAUCCAGUCAUUCAUGAAACAGAGCAUCCAAGAGGAUAGUUAUAGGACCUUGCAGGGAAGUAAAAUGCGCCUGACUCAAAUUCGUCGUCAAGCUCGGUCUGGAAACCAUAUACCUCGGCUAAACAUUACUGCAGUAUGUUCACAUGGCAAGUUGCUAGGAGGGAUAACACGGUUGAGUCAGAUACGGCGUGAAGCUCGGUCUAAAAACAAUUGCUCACGACAAGAAGGAACUGGAGAGCCUAUGCAUGUGCAAUUGGAUUGCCAAUUUCAUGAAGAACUAAUAUCCAAGUUCAGCUCAGAUAUUUUGACUAUGAAACUAGAGUUUGAUUUCGAUGAUGGAGCAAACAGCGAAAUUUUGACCCCCCAAGUUGCAUUACUUGUAAAGAAAGGAGUCAUUGCUUUUGAAGUUUGAUGUUUGAGGUUAGAAUAUCAACAGGUGUGAAGCUCCAUUCCUAGGUCAUCCUAUGUUCAUUCAAUCACAAUGACCUGUCCCCCCCCCCCUCCCCGGCGUAAAGCAAAGAUAAUUGCUUAUAGUUGAUUAUUAUAGAUUGGAAUGGAACUUAUAUUUCUUUCUCCUUUUACUUCCUCUGCUUUUUUAGUCUUUUGUUCCAUGAUCUAAGCUUCUAUACCAUAUUCUCCAAAUCAUCGGAAAAUGGAGUAAACUCGAGAAUCCUGAACAUUGGAAAUGCUUUAAUCUUUAUAUACUCGUAUUAUUUGCUUAUCAAA